GCUUCUAUGAUUAUAGUGACUUUACUGAUAUGAUUAAAAUUAACGAAGGUGGAUUUGGAAAAAUAGAAAAAGCAAAAUGGAAAAGUUUUGGACUAACCGUUGCUCUCAAAAGUCUGAAAGUUAAUGCGAACUCUGAUGAAUUUAUUAAAGAGCCUUUAAAUAGAUUGCUCGAAAAAGCUAUUUUCAAUCAACAGAUUACUUUCUAUAAUUAUACUGAAUUUAGUGACACUAUUAAAUCUGUUAAAGAUUUUAAAGCUUCGUGGAAAAAUUACGGAAUUAUGGUCACUCUUAGUUACCUUAAUGAUAAAAAUUUUAAAAAAGAUGUUAUUCAAGAAUUUAUUAACAAGUUCUUAUAUGUCUCUGUUGUUGCCACGAAGGUGCAAAAUAUUAAAGCCUGA